CAUGCGCAGUGACUUAUCUGCUGCGGCUCGCGAGCCUGUCAGUCAAGUUUCUCCUGUCGUGACUUAGUAACAAACCGUCAACGACCUUUUUCGUCGCAUUGAGUUCCAGCCCCUCUGACUCCUCCGGCGGGUUCGGUCCAGGAACCUGCCCGGUUCCGGUUAACAGUUAUGAAGCCGCCCGGGACAUAAAAGCUCGUCGCCAUGGCCGCUGUGACCGCGAGCCCGGCGGCUCGGGGCAUCGACUGGCAUCGGAAGUCCUUCUCGCUUCUCUUCUACCGGGCCGUGCGGGACCUGAAGCCGGUCUGGAUGCUGGAGGACAUGCGAACCAUGGAAACCUUCUACGAGGAGGAGCACGCCGGCCGGAGGAUCUACACCCCGUCGGAGGCGCUUUUGUACGCCAUCGUUCACGACCACCAGGCGUACGCGCAGUAUCUCCUCAGCAGAUACCCGGACGAGGCGCUGACCAAGCCCGGGGAGCGCUUCUGCUGCUGCCCGUCCUCCGCGCCGCACGCGGCCACGGCGGUCCGCUACGACAGACGCUCCAUCCUCGGCCUCAUUCUCCAGCAGGGUCACGGAGCGCCGGGCGCCUCGGUCCACGCAGACGGAGGCGGCUGCUUCCACCCUGAGGACGGCAGGACUCCCUUACAUUUAGCCUGCGAGCUGCUGCGGCCCGAGGCGGCGCUCAUGCUGCUGGGGAGCGGGGCGUCCCCGCACGCCCGGGACCGCAGCGGCCUGACCCCGCUUGAUGUCACUUUGGAGAAAAUGCGGGAGACCUCCGGGAGGAGCGGCGGGGACAGAAGGCGCUGCCUGGACAACCUCCUGAUGUUCACGCCGAAGCUGGACUUUAAGAUGCGGGCGGUUCUGGACCGGGAUCCGCAGAGCUGGAGCCGCGAGCUGGGGGAGGAGACGUACCAGUACCUGACUGGACGCAGUCCGGCUCCGCUGGUCCUCAUCACUAUGCAGACGAUCGUCAGGCAGCUGAGCCCCCGGAGCUUCCCGGACAGCCUGCACGAGCUCCCCAUCCCCUCCUCCAUGAAGCCGCCGGGUCUGCCGCUGGGCCAACAGGGCGGGCGGAGGCUGCUGUAGCAGAACCAGAACCAGAACCAGGACGCGAUGCAUGCUGGAGGACAGCAAGGAUGUUGUGCAGGAGCUAAAGUGAAGGAGAAACCUUCAGUUGAGCGAGGCUCCCAGUGAUUUCAAUGAGAUGUGAGUGACGAGUUUGCAUGAGGAGCCUGAAGACCGAUUUUACUGAAAUGCACUGAAGUGAUCUUAUAGAUCAACAUGAUUAUUUUCAUUAAAAGAGAAUCUAAAUAAA